GUGCCGAACAGCUGCAGAGUGGGGAUGACAUGGAGAUGAGGGGAAGAUGAUAGUGACCGCCGCGCUGUCUCGUGCCACCUGAGAGAACUUGUCCCCUGCUUGUAUCAUACCUUCGAUAGUACCAGAGAGCCCUAGGGAUUUCCGCCAACAGUCAGAGCCAGAAAAAAAUAACCCGAAAAAAAGGAAAAAUAAGCAUAAUCCUUUUCGGUGCGUUCAGUGACCUAGCCAUUUUUACACUUAAAAAUAAGAUCAUCGCAAUCGGUUGAUUUAAUCACCUGGGAAGGAACUACUUAGCUAAAUGGCUAAUUUUGAAGUGCUGAGAAAAAAUAUUAAGAAUCACUUGGCACACUGUCUGAAAAGCUCGGAUGUUUCUGAAUUUCAUAAAAAAUGUGUGACAGUGUGUGGAAACGAGAUCGAAAGAAAAUCCGGAGUAGAUCAGGCCCUGCGAGAUACCCUCCUUUCGGUACUGAGUGAAAAUCUGACAGAAACAGUGGGUGCCUUAGAAUCAUAUGUUACAUUGACAAUCGAACUAUGCAGAACUGAUCUAGCCUCACCAAGCAUGCCCGUUAUGCUUCUAAGUGACAUGUUUGAUGCCAUGACACUUGACAAAUGUGAGCAGUUAUUCACAUAUGUCGAGAACAACGUGACGGUUUGGAAGGAAGAUUUAUUUUUCAACAGCUGUAAGAAUCAUCUGUUACGAAUGUGCAAUGACCUUUUGCGUAGAUUAUCGCGCUCACAGCAGACUGUUUUUUGCGGUAGAAUUCUCCUUUUCCUAGCAAAAUUUUUCCCCUUCUCUGAACGUUCUGGCGUGAACAUUGUCAGUGAAUUCAAUGUCGAUAAUUACACUGAAUUUGGAAAUGACAAAGCUGCAAAUAACGAGUCAGAGCCCAUGGAAGUGGAGAGCAAAGAAGAUAAUAAGAUACAGAUUGAUUACAAUUUAUACCGAAAAUUUUGGGCACUGCAGGACUUCUUUCGAAAUCCCAAUCAGUGCUAUAACAAAGUACAUUGGAAGGUCUUCUCAGCUCAUGCUGGUAAUGUUCUCUCUGCGUUUUCCUCUUUCAAACUCGAAGAGCAACGCACCUCUCUCAUUAGCAGUGCGAUAGGGGACGGUACCACAGAAGGUGCUCACAAAGAGAUACCUUAUUUUGCUAAAUACCUGACUAAUCAGAAGUUACUUGAACUGCAGCUAUCAGAUUCGAACUUUCGAAGAUACGUGCUUCUUCAGUUUCUCAUUCUCUUUCAAUACCUCAAUAGUACAGUUAAAUUUAAAGCGGAAACCCACGAGCUCAAGCCAGAUCAAGUUGAAUGGGUGAAAUCCACGACAGAUCAAGUUUAUGCAUUACUCGUCGAGACUCCCCCAGAUGGUUCAGCUUUUGCUGAGGUUGUGAAGAAUAUUUUAAAGCGUGAGGAGCACUGGAACUCAUGGAAGAAUGAAGGGUGCCCAGAAUUUAAGAGGCCGGCACCAGAAACAGCAGAUGGAGAUGAGCCAAAAAGACCUAAAAGAUUGAGGAGGAGAAUUGGAGAUGUUGUGAGAGAUGCACAGGCGGCUGGAAAAUUUUGUAUGGGCAAUCCUGAGCUCACGAAAUUAUGGAAUUUAUGUCCCAAUAAUUUAGAGGCCUGUAAAUCAAAAGAACGCGAUUUUUUGCCAUCAUUAGAGACUUACUUCGAGGAGGCUAUUAUGCAACUAGAUCCGGCUGCAAUGGUUGAAGAUGAAUAUAAGAAGGUUAAUGAUGGCAAUUUUGGGUGGAGAGCAUUACGAUUAUUGGCUAGAAGAAGUCCACAUUUUUUUGUACACGGUAACUGCCCAAUAUCAAAGUUGCCAGAGUAUUUAGAACUGAUGAUCAAGAAAAUUGCUAAAGAUCGACCUCAAGCACAGUCUGACGUCAAACAAGAGACUGAAGAAACUACACCACCGGAGUCCAAUGAUCAAGAGUUUAAUGAGGACGUUCUGAAACAAGAGUCGGAGACUGUUGAUACUGAAAAUACUGACAAUAAAGUAAGAAAGUUGAAUCCAGUCAGUGUGGAGAUGAUUGAGAAACUUUCAGAAGUACUCAAAGAAGAUUGGGAGAAGUUGGCAGCAAAAUUGGGAUACAAUAGUGGAGAGAUUGAAUUUUUCCAAGGAAAGCCAACUCGGUAUGAACAAUGCAAGACAAUGCUGCAAAUCUGGUCCGAAGCGGAUGAGGAUGCCUCUGUAGAGAAUCUCGCGUACAUUCUGGAGGGAUUAGAGUUCGACAAAGCUGUAGCUGUGUUGAAGCCCAAGAGCGACUGAAACAUCACAAUAGAUUUCAUCGAUAGCCAAAAACGAAGAACCAAGUGCAAAGUAAGAGGAGUUAAUUUUCAGUCUCAUAAUUUUCUGAAGUUCUUUUUUUUAUUGAGAAAUACAAUAAUAAAGUAUAUAAAUCAUAUAAACUCUCUGGAAGUUCUUUUUUGUUUGGUGCAAAUCAUAUUGAGUAAAUCAUCAAUGCUAUUAAUUUUUUCGUUUGUCGGUUUUCUUAAAACCGAAUUUAGCCAGUAAGCCUUCCAAAAUGGUAUAAUCCAAUACAACUCGAUGUAGACUAUAUUUUUUGUAAUGACAUCGGUCAGUGCGUUGAGAAUAAAUUUGUCUGGAAUUCAGUA